CAUAUGCGAACUCUAUGGUUUCUGUGUUUUACGGACACGUCACUUUUGUUACGACGUUAGCUCAGCUUUACAAUCAAAUAACUAAAUAAUUGACCAAGUGCAACGAUGUCGGCUUCAGUUGUAUCGGUAAUUUCUCGGUUUCUUGAAGAAUACUCCACUACGACUUCCAAUAAGUUAAAAGUGGUAGAUGCAUAUUUGUUGUACAUCAUGCUGACGGGAGCGCUGCAGUUUCUUUACUGUCUGCUCGUUGGAACGUUCCCUUUCAACAGCUUUCUUUCUGGCUUUAUCUCUUGUGUCGGCUCUUUCAUUCUAGCAGUGUGUCUUCGUAUCCAGAUCAAUCCACAGAACAAAGGAGACUUCCUGUCAAUCUCACCAGAGAGAGCCUUUGCUGACUUUCUGUUCGCUCACACCGUCCUGCAUCUAGUUGUCAUGAACUUCAUUGGUUGAACAUAUUUUGAAUACAAGCUGGCUCCCCUUGCUGGAAGAUGCAGAUGAGAAGAUGGAAAAGAAUAUUCACGACACAAAACCACAUCUGCUUUUGUACCCCCUAAUGAAAAAAUUGCACUGAUGAAUGUCACAUUCACAGUUUCUUACAAACCAUGGUUGAAUUCAUUUUUUCACGUUUAAAUUUGUUAUUGUUUCAUUGCAAAGAAAUAAAAAGAUGACUUUGAA